ACAGUCACAAGAUUAUUGGAGUUUUUAUAAUAUGGAAUUUAACUUUAGCAUUUAAUUGUAUUUUAUGAAAAUUGCAAGUUGACAAUCAUCAUCGUAUCAGCAAUGAACAUAGGCAAUGAAAGGCGGCUGAUAUGGCUUGCCGUUGUUAUGGCAACAUCCGUUCAGUUCCGUAAAACACAACUUGUGGGUCAUUUCUCAAGCUAGCUACAGUCUGAGAAAGUAGAGUUAAAAAAGUACCAUGUUGACAGCCCACCGAAGAAGGACACGGGAGAUUACUGGACCUGCACAUUCCGUGGCAGUGAGAGCAAGAAAUCCUUUAUCCAAAGACAUAGACAACAUUUUUCUGAGGAGAAGGAAACAGGAGGUGACACAGAAUGAGGUUCUGGAGUUUACCAAGGAUCAUAGGUCCUGUGAUGUGAGAUUGCAAUGGGAAAGAAACACACAGCGCCGGAUUGUUUCGGCCACUAUUAGUAGACAUCUACAGGAAGCAAGAGAGCAGUACCACAUAGGCAUUGAUGAAAAGAGGGAAAGGCUUCGUGAGCUGCUGGAGUCAGAAGAGCAGGAACUCUUCAGGGAGAUGGAGGCAAAAAAAGAGACAGUGUUGGAGAGGCAGGCUAAGAUGCAUGAAAGAGCCACUACUCUACGAGAGAGAAGGGAGCGCGAGAGACAGAGGCUUGUUGCUGAGAAAUUCGAUCAACUCUUCAGAGAGCAGUGCGAGGAGCUGCGCACCGUGCAGAUGAAGCGCAGACAGGAUGAGGUCUGCACUGAGCGUGAAUCUCAGAUCCGUACUAAGGAGGAAGUGAGACGGAUGCAACGAGAAGAAGACAGACAGUUCACUCAAAUGUGGGAGAGUGACAGGCUGGCUAAAGAGGAACGUCAUAACCAGGAGGCUCAACGUCAGAAAGAGAAAAACCUCCAGCAGAAGGCAUUCCUGCAAGUACAGAUGGAAAUGGCUGAGGAGCAGAGAAUCAGGGCCAAGCAGCUGAAGCAAGAGGAGGCCCAGUUACUGAGAGACCAGAGGGAGAUGCUCCAUCUGGAGGAAGAGCGAGAGCGCAGACAGAAGCUUCAAGACCAAGAAAAACGACGUAAGCAGCUGGACCUUUCUCUUCGGCUGAAGAUGAAGCGCCUGGCACGAGAUCGGCAGGAUGAACUGGCUCUGGAUAUGAGCAUCCUGGAGAAGCUUCAGAGUGAAGAGAGAGAUGAAAAGCAGGGCGAGUUCCUCAAAAAGCUGGAGCUUAAAGAGGAGCAGCACAGGUACCGGGAGUAUCUAGCAGAGCAGCUGAAAGAGCAGAAACGACAAGAAGCUGAGACGGAGCAACUGUUUGAAUCAGAGCUCCAGCAGGCCUGGGCCCGCAGGGAGGCACAGUGGCGUCUGGAAAAGGCAGCGAGAGACAGACUCAUGAAAGAUGUCAUGGACACUCGCCAGUUGCAGAUCCAGGAGAAGUUGAACGAGAACCUGCAGAAACAGGCUGAGACUUUCAAAGAGAGAGAGGAUCUUGACCGAAUCGUUCAAGAGAACAAAUUGCUGGAUGAUGAAGAAAAGACUCGUUUAAAAAGGCCUCUCAGGAGUAUCAGGCUGAUUUACUGGCUCAGAUGCUGCACCGCCAGCGCAUUUGUGAAGCAGAACAAGCUGAGAAAGAACACGAGUUCCAGGAGGGUCUAAUGUACCAGGAGCAGUACAAUAAGAAGAUUCAGGACAUCCUUUCAAGGCCCAUAUCCGGCACCACAGCAGUUCAUCCCUUCAGGAGACGAGAGCGCCGCUUCUCCAGCUCUGGUGGACAGUUGGCAUAAAUCCAAACCAAUUCAACUCACAACAUCAAUUACAUUCUUAACAAUAGUAUACAAUAUUCUAAAAACGGAACUUUCAGUGAAGUUCCUAACAAAUGAGUUUGUUUUUCACAUUUAUGUGAUCUGUGAUCAGAUUCAUUAUCCCGUGUCAAAGUUUGUAUUCAGGCGUACAGUGAAUACAAGUCUGACUGGAUUAGCUUGUUUUGAGGUAGAUAUUUGCAUGUUUAAAAGAUUAUUUCAAGAUUUCAAGAAAGCAAAUAAUUUCAAUGAACAGAAUGUGAAGAGUGUCUUCACAUAGAUUUCACAUAGAAGACUUCCUUAUGCACCGCCUUUUAACACCAACCAUCUAAUUAAAAACUUGAGACACUCUCCACAGUUGCUAUGAAGCAUGUACAGUACACAAUACCAGGAGAGGUCAAAAGGUCGUGGUUUAAAAAUGACACAGGUAACACUCUAGAGUAUUUCCAUAAUGAUUUGGCAACAAGGUUUUAGACCAAUAAGCUGCUGGGCUGAUUAGUAGGUGAGGGAGUGGGCGGUUAACUUUAGACACUGCAGAUUCCACAACAGCUAGUGUUAUGGUUAAGAAGUUAGUCAACGCCCAAUACCUUACCUAGGAGUGCUAUGGGUGUGGAAGCAAUUGAUAUGAUUUCAUUUCUGUCUCUUUUUUUCUUUCUUACUCAGCUGUUCAGACAGGUUUAACUUAACAAAAUUCUCUUAAUAAUCUUUUAAAGCAUGUCAUGAGGAAUACACUAUAUCCGAAUAAUUCUGAGCUUUGUUUGUGUCUGUGGAUAUUGGCACAAUUUUUAAGAGAAGAAGAUGCGUGAACAUGAGCUUUAUGUCAAGGUAAGUCAGACACAGCGGCUCUUUAAUUCUAGAUUUUCUUAUCACAUUAAUAAUACAGCAUGUGGUUCACCGAGAUUUACAGGUUACAGCUUUAUAAAUGAACCAGCUUAACAAAUUU